AUGAAGUCUACUGUCGCAUCUCUGCUGGCGGCUGCCUCUGUGGCAUAUGCUCAGGUUGCCAAUGUGUCGGAGCCCUCCCUCGCCACGAUCAAGAAGAAUGCAGCCACAAUUGAGCCUUACUCUCCCGUUUCGAACGUCCAGGGCCUGGCCUUCAACCGCUUCUACCAGAUCUGGCUUGAGAAUAUUGAUUAUGAUGAUGCAGCUGCCGAUGCGAAUGUGGAGUGGCUCGCCUCCCAGGGAAUUACACUGACCAACUUCUACGCGACCACCCAUCCUUCCGAGCCGAACUAUUGCGCUGCGGCCGCAGGUGACAACUUUGGCAUGGAUAAUGAUGACUUCCACCAGAUCCCCGCCAAUGUGUCGACCGUUGCUGAUCUUCUGGACACCAAGAACAUUGCCUGGGCUGAGUACCAGGAGCAUAUUCCGUACCCCGGAUUCCAGGGAUACAACUACUCCAACCAGGUGACUUACGACAACGACUACGUGCGUAAGCACAACCCUCUGAUCCUGUUCAACUCGGUCACCGAGAACAGCACUCGUCUACGCCAGAUCAAGAACUUCACCAGUUUUGAGGAUGACCUGGCCAACCACAAGCUCCCUCAGUGGGCGUUCAUUACCCCCAACAUGACCAAUGAUGCUCACGACACCAACAUCACUUUUGGUGCCAAGUGGGAGCGCAGCUGGGUCACGCCCCUGCUCAACAACUCCUACUUCAUGAACGACACCCUGCUACUUCUCACCUUUGACGAGGACAGUACCUAUGCUAAGGGCAACAAGAUCUUCAGCAUCCUCUUGGGUGGUGCUAUCCCUGACAACUUGAAGGGCACCAAUGACAACACCUUCUACACCCACUACUCCGUCAUCGCCUCUGUCUCCGCUAACUGGGGCUUGCCGUCUCUUGGACGCUGGGAUUGUGGUGCCAAUCUCUUGGAGAUUGUUGCAAACAAGACUGGCUAUGUCAACUACGAUGUUGACACCACGAAGCUGCGUCUCAACGAGACCUACCCUGGCCCGUUGUCCGACAGCGAAUACUCGAAGUACUCUCCCGUGUGGCCCAUCCCCUUGGCCAAUGCCACCUGCUCGGCCGGUCAUGGUAUCCUGGACAUUGUCAAGAAGACCUAUGCCAACACCGAGCCCACAUACAACUACACGAGUCCUUUCCCCUACGACACGAAGGCCAACUACAAUGUCAAUGUCACUGCGACUAGAAAGUCUACUGGCUCCAACACCACCUCCUCUUACUCAUCAGCGAGUGCUAGCGCUAAUGCUGGUAUCUCUCUCGUGUCGCCCAGCACUGGGAUUUCCGGCCUCGUCAUUGGACUGGCUCUCAGCUUGCUGUGA